AUGGCACGUGAAGUUAUAUGUUGGAGCGACGUGUGGGUCUACCACGAAUGCUGUGACGUCGCCACUUACGGUCCGGGAGGCCUCGGCUUGUGCUUCUCGCAGGAGAUCCUGACAUUCGACCUCUGCUGUCCUCAUCCGUACUACCGGCCCGUACCGCCACCGAACCUAAAGGUCGAGAUCGUGGACUCACCUUGGGGUGACGUUCACCUGGGCUGUGACUCAUCGUUUCCCUGGGCUCCUCAUGCUCUCGCCCCUGCCUUACUCCAUGGUCCUGCUUACCACCCCAACACCGGCGAACACAUGGAGGACCUCCUACCAUUUGAAGGAUCGACAGGACGUGGAGUGCGUCAGGAGCGCAUGGGUCUGCGAGGGUCCGACGAGGAAGCUGCGGAUCGUACGCAGCGAGUCAGGCACGAGCUCGCGAGGCGCUGGAGCACCAUGGGAUUCCGAAGCUUCAUGGACGGGGCGCGCCUCUACUACGAAACUCGCGAGUGGGGAAUCGAGAUGGUCGCAAUUCUCUCACAGAUCAUGGCGAACUUCGGGCACAGCCUCUCUCAGUGCAUGCCGGCCACCCUCCUGGCCGUGCUGAUCAAAGCGGAGACGCUCUUCGAUUUAGACCUUGGUGCCGCCAGACGCCUUCAUUGGACCGCCAGGGCACUGCUCCAAAGGGCUUUGACAGAGCGACGGAUGAACUGGACGCUCGGUGAGGAGGAUCCUUCGAGCUCCCAGGGCAUCCUCGCCGUGGCCCUGGAGCACGUCCGGCGCCUCGAAGAGCGGCGUCAGCCACCUUCGCGGCCCUGGGUGGUAGACCUGGUCUUCCCUCUCUGCUCCUUCAAAGAGCUCAACGCCAUCUCGGAGGGCCUGGCGUUGAUCGGGUCGGGGGUCGGCAGUGCCUGGGACCCUUUGGACGGCUGGCCGGCAGGGACUUUGCAAGCGCGGAAGGCCAGAGACCACAACCGGAUCCGAGGCCCCUGGAGGCAUGCCCGCUUCCGGCUCUUCAUCUACGCCGUCUGUGGGACCUACGGCCUCUUCGGCCGGCAUGCGGACAGCGCCUCCAUCUUACCAGAGGAGGAGGCCAGGCUGGCAAAGGAGAUCUUCAAGGGCUUGCCGAGCAGCACCGUGCAGCUCUUCAGGGCCGGACCGGAAGACCUCCCUCCCCUCCACCUGGCAGUCUUUGAAGAGGAGGUUCCUACAGGAGAUGUAGCCGCUUAUGUGCAUCAUCUGGCGGUGGCCUCCAGCAGCGAGAAUCUGGGUAACAUUACGAUGCUUCUGCAUCCGGACUUCUUGGAGCACGUCCGCUCUUGGAUGGUCGUGUCCAUCUUCCGGGCCUUUUUGAACGGAGCUUGGCCACAAGAGGUGGACUUCCUUUACUUAGGCUGGAGGCACGAGGGCCCGGUGACCAAAGAGGGCCGAGUAGCCUCGCACCUCCGCUACCACUGUGAUAUCGAACCUGGGCCAGGGGGACGCCUGGGCCCCUGUGAUGCGGGUUACAAUCCCAGGCUGCUUGAAAACAUGUGGCAGAUGAUCUUCGGGCGUCCUUUGGACCCUUUUUCGGGGGACGACUUGGGCGGCUACGAUUUCUCCCAGCUACUUGUGACCCGGCGAGCUGUACUGAAUCGCCCAGCCAGAUAUUGGCGCUAUCUUUCCAAGGUCCUGUCUGCCAAGAGUUCCUUUGAACUCUUGCCGGGAACCAGGUUCAUCUCCAGACGUACCGACCUCACGGUGAACGAUCCACACAACAAGGGUGUGUGCGCCUGGUUCGAGCACAUGUGGCACAUGCUCUUCGACCCGCGCUACUUUCCCAGGAAGGCUGACACGGUUCAGGAGGCAGACCUCAGAUCCUACACGCGGCUGCACGACGAAGCCUUGCCGCUUGGGUUGCGUGCCGGACCAGACACGGUCUUGGGGCGGCACUACUGGCUAAAUGCAGAACAGCAGUGCCGGGCGCUUCGGGACGAGCAGGGAUGCCGAAUCUACCACAUGCUGCAAGGGGGUCGUCAAACUUAA